GCGACGACAAUCGUGUCUGAUAACAAACACGAGGUCGGGCGUAGUACAAGACGUAUUACAACUACCCGCGAGUCUGUUGUUGUUCGUUGCGUGGUUUCGAUAUUACUCGAAUUUUUCUCUUCGACCAACGCCCACGAUACGGUCAAAACUCUAAACAGGACACAGACAACAGAACGUCAAUUACCAGCCAUACAACCCUGUACCGCCGAGGACGUGAGCACGCGUGUUUGCCGCCGCUGAAUGUCAUUUGUGGACGUCUGCAUGAAUGGAAGAAACGUCGUCCAAAUUAUCGUCCGGCAGCGCCGACGCCGCCGAGUCCGCCGACUGGCGGUUACCGCUAUGCUUUACGAAGAAGCGUCACACGGAGGAGAUCAAGUCCGUGGACGCCGUAGUAAACUCAUGGAGGCUCAAAGAACGGAUGAAGACAGUGAGUGUUGCACUUGUCAUGUGCCUAAACGUAGGUGUAGAUCCACCGGACGUUUUAAAAGUUCAACCGUGUGCCCGUCUAGAGUGUUGGAUAGAUCCGUUGAUGAUGGUCCCUCAGAAAGCACUGGAAGUAAUUGGAAUCAAUUUGCAAAAACAGUACGAAAGGUGGCAGCCAAGAGCGCGGUACAAACAAUCAUUAGACCCGACUAUAGAGGAAGUAAAAAAAUUGUGCGUUUCCUUGAGACGAAAUGCAAAAGAAGAAAGAGUACUUUUCCACUAUAAUGGGCAUGGUGUCCCAAAACCUACAGUAAAUGGGGAAAUUUGGGUGUUUAACAGGACAUAUACCCAAUACAUUCCAUUGUCCAUAUAUGAUCUUCAAGCUUGGAUGGGAUCACCAUCAAUUUAUGUAUAUGAUUGUUCAAAUGCAGGAAUGAUUAUAAAAUUAUUUAGCCAAUUUGCUGAACAGCACGAAAAAGAAGAUAUGCAUAAUGCUACCCAAAGCCCAUUGUUUGAAAGUGCUGAAGGGUCUUACAAAAACUGCAUUCAACUGGGUGCAUGUCAAGUAGACCAAACACUUCCAAUGCAUCCAGACUUGCCUGCAGAUUUGUUUACUUCCUGCUUGACCACACCAAUUAAAAUGGCUGCUCGGUGGUUUGUAAUGCAAAAUAUGUCAAAACAUUGCUCAAAAUUAUUUCUAGAUCUUGUUGACAAAAUUCCUGGUACAUUAAAUGAUCGACGAACAAUGUUAGGAGAAUUAAACUGGGUAUUUACUGCUAUUACCGAUACAAUAGCUUGGAACAUAUUACCUAGAGAUACUUUUCAAACGUUAUUUCGGCAAGAUUUGUUAGUUGCUAGUCUUCUAAGAAACUUUUUACUAGCUGAACGUAUUAUGAGAACAUAUGACUGUGAACCAGUAUCUUCACCUAAAUUACCCGCAAUGCACAAUCAUCCCAUGUGGCAGUCAUGGGAUCAUAUUUUAGACUUGUGCUUGUCCCAAUUACAACGUGUUCAAGAGCACGGUGAUGGUUUUUUUGUACGCACAACAUUUUUUGAGGAACAACUGACUGCAUUUGAAAUUUGGCUUGACCAUACGGCUUGUUUACCAACGCAACAACGUAGUGCACCUGAACAGCUUCCCAUUGUACUCCAAGUUCUAUUAAGUCAAGCACAUCGACUUCGAGCAUUAGACUUGUUGGGUAGAUUUUUAGAUUUGGGGCCUUGGGCUGUAAAUUUAACUUUAUCUGUAGGAAUAUUUCCUUAUAUAUUAAAACUACUGCAGAGUUUUGCUGUUGAACUUCGACCAAUGUUAGCUUUUAUUUGGGCUAAAAUAAUGGCUGUUGAUCACACUUGUCAAACUGACAUUGUCAGAGAAAAUGGUUUUAAGUAUUUUUUUCAACUAGUUGAAGAUAUACGUUUGCCUGAAGAACAAAGGAUGUUAGGGACUGUUGUGCUCUCCCGACUAAUGCAAAAUUACAAGAAUGGCCAACAACUUGGGCUUAAGAACAAUUUAGUCUGCAUAUGUCUUGAACAAUUAGCCAAUGCUAGCGCACCAUAUAAACAAUGGUUGACCUUGUGUCUUGCACAGCUGUGGUCUGAUUAUGAUAAAGCUCGUUGGGUUGGUGUGCGGGAUAUAGCUCAUGAAAAACUUUACAUUUUACUAGAAGAUAAAAUACCAGAAGUUCGGGCUGCUGCAGUGUUUGCUCUUGGUACUUAUGUGAGCUGUGAUAAGGAUCGUACUAACUAUGCUAUAAAAGUUGAUUUAAAUAUUGCUUUGACUUUAUUGAAUACGGUUGCUAAAGAUAUGAGUCCUAUGGUCAGGGAGGAAGUUAUAAUUGCUCUUCAGUGGACUGUUAUCACAUUUGAAAGAUACUUUUUAGAAAUAGCAAUGCAGGAACAAACUGAAAAAUCAUAUGGAUCUCUUUAUAAAAGUCCCAAUGGAAGCUCAAAAACAGCUAGUCUGUCAAGAAUUGUAUCCAAAGAAAAGAUCUUGAUGCAGCCUACUUGUCCAAUUGUCACUGUAGUGUCGCCUCAAAUAUCUCCUGGACCUAGCAUUUCAGAUGAAAUGCAAGAGGAAACAAAAUCUGAUUUUUUGAGGCGGACAAAUUCUUCUUCGUCAAUAGUUACCUUGGACGCUUAUCAAACAACAUCAGCCUAUAACAAUAAUCACUCUAAAUUAUGGAAGGGUUUGACAGCUUUGGAGCAUGAUAUAUUUCCAGAUGUUUCAGCUACUGCUCAAAAGCUCACUAAAUACAUUAGACAGAAACUUAAAAACAAGCCAGAUAGUCGUGCAUCACAUUCAUUACCUGCAUCUCCAUCUUCUAGAAGUUAUCUCAGUCAAGGAGAUUCUCCUCCAUUAUCUGUACAUGAAAUUCGUACUCGACAAAGAGCACCUGUUUCCUCAUCAAGAUCCAAUUCUAGGACGAAAAAAAUUGUGCCCAACACUAUUGUAGAAGAAACUGCUGUGCUUUCAUCAUCAUCUUCACCACCAAACAUAGAAAGUGAUGGUGAAAAGGACACAACAAAUAUGACUAAAAGCUUAUUGAGAUCUCAAUUUUUCGAAUGGGUAUCAAAAAAUUUUGCUCAUCCAUUGAGUGGUAUGAAUGAUGGAGGUGACUUUGAAAGUGCAAUAUACUAUGAACGUGACUGGAGGUAUACCCGAAAUAUGAUGCUUCGGAAAGAAGCACAAGAAGAACAAAACAAGGUAAAUAAUUUAAAUUAUAAGAUAGAACAUCAAAUAUUCUCAUCAAAAUGUAAACAAUCGCCAAAUUCACUGGUGUUUCAUCCUUAUGAACCACAUGUCAUUGUAGCUACAAAAGAUUAUUUAACUGUAUGGGAUUAUCAAAGUAGCUAUAAGUUGUGCCAAUGGAAGCCAGAUGUCAGAAGCCACAAUCUUGAUUUGUCAUAUAGAUUAACUCCUCAUUUAUCUGCUGUAGAACUGAUUAACAGCCAUGAUGUUGCUUUAGUGUUGGCUGGAUACAAUGACGGAAAUAUUCAAGUUUGGUCACAAAUACGUGACGGUCCACCUAAAUUAAUUUCUGGUUGGCAUGCAUUACCUAUUUGCAAGAGUCCGAGUUUCGAGAGUUCUUCGAUGGCUAUGCAAUGGGAUCAAAGGUCGUGUCAUUUAAUUUGUGCAGGCGACUCUAGAGUUAUCAAAAUUUGGGAUAUUGAGACUGAAACAAAACUGACCGCUUUAUCCACGGGAGUUAAUGCUUCUGUGACGACUAUGUCUAUGCAAUCUAAAGAAAAUAAUAUAUUUGCUGCUGGUUGUAAAGACGGUUCAAUUAAAGUGUUCGAUAAAAGACUUCCACCGGACGAAGCAAAAAUAGCUUCUUUCAUAGGACAUCAUAGUAAAAUACUUACCUUAAGACUACAAGAUGCUACAGUAGUAUCUGCUAGUGCUUAUGGAGAUAUAAAAACAUUUGAGUUUGGCCAUAAUGCACCACAGCAUGAAUUCCAUGUCAACAAUAUGCAAUCUGCAGCCAUUCACUCAAUGUGCAAUAUUAUAGCAUGUAGUAUAAAUCAGAUGUUGUUAUUCUACAACACAGAGGGUCAGUUGUUGAACUCGUUGAAAUUGACUGACUGGUUCAUGAGUACACGUUAUUCACCAUUAAUGACCACCAAGUUUCACCCACAAAAAGUGCUACUUUCUACUGGGGCAAUGGAUGGAACUAUUGCAUUAUACUCAAUUGAUCCCAAAAGAUGAUGAACGUAUAAACUUUUUUGUUUUUUUUCCAUGUUAAUUAAUUUUUGUUAUUCUUUUUCUAACACUUUAAAUAUUCAUGACACUCUUUUAUUGUGCUCAAAAAUUGCUAUUCGACUGAACAUUGGUUUUUUAUGUACUUAGUAUUUUUCUGUACAUAAAAAAUUAACUUAUUAUUAUUA